AUGGACUCUGUGCUCUCCCUCGGACCCCCGGAGCUCCGCCCGGGCGGCCCGGCACAUCCUUCCCCGCGGAGAGAGCCUGAUCCCCGGCUGCGGUCCGCGCUGCCGCCCGGUCUCCUCCAGCCGCGCGCUGCCGGCUCCUCUUUCCUCAUCCGGGACAUCUUAGCGGACUGCCUGCCCUACUCGGACCCGAAUCUGGUCUACUCGGACCCGGGUCAGCCUGAGCUGGAAGCCGAGUCGUUCCCUUCCGGACCGGAAGAAGACUUUCAGGAUAAAAGUGUGAGCGGCUCUGACAGCGAAACCAGAGUGGGCGGGGCUUCAGACCCGGGGAUAGAACGUCUGAAGAAACCUCGUAAAGCUCGGACUGCGUUCAGCGACCAGCAGCUGUCGAGGCUCGAGAGAAGCUUCCAGAAACAGAAGUACCUGAGUGUCCAGGACCGCAUGGAGCUGGCUGCUUCACUGCAGCUUAGCGACACCCAGGUCAAGACCUGGUACCAGAACCGGCGAACGAAGUGGAAGCGUCAGUCAGCUGUUGGUUUGGAGCUGCUGGCUGAAGCCGGCAGGAUGUUCCUGCCCACCCACUUCCUGUACCCUCCUGCCGCGCCAACACCGGACCUCUACCUGUACCGAAGCCCCGCCUCCCGCCACCCGGUCCCGUCCCUGCUGCCUCGAGUCCUGACCCACACCGGACCACAGCCCCACUGA